AUGUAUACGCGCAACCGUCGCCUCAUACGGGACAGCGGCGACUCGUCCGACUCCGACUCGGACAACGAUGUCGAGGUUCAAAAAGCCCGCCGCCGCUGGGCCGCCCGCGGUGCACCCGCUGCCGAUACGGCCACCACAGAAAAGAAGAAGAAAAAGAAGAAGCUGCUUCCACAAGAAUCCAUCGACAAAGUCUGGGAACGCUUCUCCCAAAAACGCUUCAGCAAAGCCAUGACCGUCCUGCCCUUUGCCCCCGUUGCGCCCUCGCCGCUCUCUGAACGCGCCAACGAACUGCUGAGCGUCGGCUACGAGCGCGCCGCCGAGGAGUGCCGCCGCAAAGUCAAAAAGAUCAUCCAGGAGUGCCGCCGCGUCAACAUGCGCUACCGUGAUCCGGGCUGGGACAUUGACUGGGACCUCAAGAUGGCCAAGGGCCACUGUCUCAACAGCCUCGGCAACACUAGCUUCGACGUAUCACUCAAAAACAUGUUGAGCAUCGGCGCCACGGUGCCCAAGGCCGUCAAGCGCGUGCAUGAGAUCUUUGAGAAGCCGACCUUUAUGUCGACCGUAAGCGGCAGCGACGUCAAGCAGGGCGGCCUGGGCGACUGCUGGUUUAUUUCGUGUGUCAGCGGCCUGGCCAAUGUGCCUGGCGGUCUGCAGCGCUCCUGUGUGGCCUACGAUACAAAAAUCGGUAUUUAUGGAUUCGUUUUCUAUCGAGACGGCGAGUGGAUCUACUCCAUCAUCGACGACAAACUCUACCUCACCUCUCCCUCUUGGGACUCCCCCAGCUUUCAGCGCGACCUGCUCCAACAAAUCGACCAGGACGACAUUGAGCGCGUCUACCGCAAAACCUACCAGACCGGCUCCAAGGCCCUCUUCUUUGCCCAGAACAAGGACCAGAACGAGACAUGGCUGCCCCUCAUGGAAAAGGCCUAUGCCAAGGCCCACGGCGACUACGACAGUCUGACGGGCGGCUGGAUCGGCGAGGGUCUUGAGGAUUUGACGGGUGGCGUCACCACGGAGCUUCUCAUGUCUGAUAUUUUCGACACGGACAGCUUCUGGGACAACGAGUUGAGCCGCGUAAACGAGGAGUUCUUGUUUGGCUGCACCACGGGCCUGCUCGAUGGCGGCUACGGCAACCGCGACGGCAUCACCGAGGGCCAUGCCUACAACAUUAUGGAGGCCAAGACCCUCAAGAAUGGCACCCGUCUUUUGAAGCUGCGCAACCCCUGGGGUAAAGUAAAGGCCGGCACCUGGGAGGGCGCCUGGUCUGACGGUUCCAAAGAGUGGACCACCGAGGCCAAAGAGGAAGUCGGCCACAACUUUGGCAGCGACUCCACUUUCUGGAUCUCUUAUGAAGACUUUAUGCUCAAGUUCCAGAAUGUCGACCGCACGCGCCUUUUCCGCGACCCAGACUGGCUCUGCUGCCAGCGCUGGAUCGGCGUCGACGUGCCCUGGAAGACGAGCUACAACGAAAAGUUCCACAUCAAGCUCACCAAGGAGUCGCCCCUCGUCUUGGUCCUCUCCCAGCUCGACUCCCGCUACUUCCACGGCCUCGACGGCCAGUACUACUUCCGACUCCACUUCCGCCUCCACGAGCAGGACCGCCCCGGCGCCGAAGACUACAUAGUCCGCUCCCACGGCAAUUACCUGAUGGAUCGUUCUGUGAGUGUCGAACUCCCGUGCCUAGAGCCCGGCAACUAUUCUGUAUUUUUGUCGGUGAUUGCCGAGCGCGAGUCCAGGACCCUGUCGGUCGAAGACGUCGUCAAGAACGAGCUCAAGAAACGCGUCGAAAACGAAAAGCUCGCUCAAGUCGGCCAGGCAUACGACCUCGCCCACAGCAAAGCCGCCGCCCACCUCGAAGAACUGGCCAAGCUGCGCAAGAAGUCUGACCAGGUCAAGGCCUCGGACGAGCGGAAGCGCGAGCGCCGCAAGGACUGGGCCAAGCGCCACCUGCUCAAGGACAUUCAGAAACGCCAGCAAAAGAAGAAUGACGAAAAGGCCAAGAAACGCGCGGCGGAGAAGGAAGAGGAGAGCAAGAAGAAGGAUGCGGAGAAGGCUGCCGAACAAAAGAAGAAGGACGAGACUGCGGCCGAAGAAAAGAAACAGGCCGAAGAGGCCAAGUCCAAGGACAAAGAGGUCCAGACCGAGGUCAAGGACAAGAAGGACGCCGAGGCGGCUACCGAGACCGUCACAAAGGAGGGCAAGGACACGAGUGAGAAGAAGGAUGCCGAAACAACGGCCGAGCCUGCCGCUGAGGCCACAAAGGAAGUCACCACAGAGUCCACGGAGACUACCGUGCAGGCUGAACUUGCUGCGUCCGCUGCUUCCGUUACAUCAGCGUCGAACACGGCUGCCACCAACCAGGCCGCCGCUGAUGAGUUCAUCUCCGUGUCCACGUCCGGUGUCAGCACUCCGCAAAAGACGCCUCUCGACACGCCCAAGAGCGAGAUCAUCACUGAGCCGUUGCUUGAUGCUGCGGGUGGUGAGCUAGUUCUUGUGCCUCCCGUGACGGAGGCGACGUCGGCCCAGACGACUACCAACGGGGCAGGCGUCAAGACCGAUGAAAAUUCAAAAGACAAGCCCGCCGAUACGCCCGCCGGGAAGUCGGACGAAAAGGGCGAGACCAAAUCUGACAUGAAAGACGAGGCUAUACCAGAGGAGAAAUCCCAGACGACGGCUGAGAAGUCAGAUGGGAAAUCAGAAGGGAAGACUGACGAAAUUGUGGGUGACAAGGCCGAUUCCAAGCCCGAAGAAAAGCCGGCAAAGAAGGGCAAGGGCAACGACGGCAAGAAGAAGGCAGGAAAGGGCAAGGGGAAGAAGGCCGACAAGAGCGGAGACGAGUCUUCUGUGUCUAAAUCUUCCUCUUCCGGUUCAGAAGGCUCAUCCUCUGGAUCCGCUUCAGGUUCCGCUUCUGAUGUCAAGAAGCCCAAGGCGCUCAGGAAAGCCUCCCCCCCGCCACCUCCCCAACCACAUCCGGCUGUCGUAGACGACUCGUCCGAUAGUCCUCUCGAAGACUGGGAGGAGUGGUACUCAAGCGACGACCUGUCUACCAAGGCCUCUCGAGCCGCGGCUGCUGCCGCCGCCACUACAACCACCACUGCCGUCGCCAAGGAUGACGAGUCCUCCGAGGACGAAAAGGACCCGGCGCCGUGGAACGCCAUCUGCAUCGUGGGCAUUCGCGUCUACUCCAAGGACGAGAACCUCGAGCUGCGGGUCGUUAUGGAGGGCGGCGACCUGGCCGAGGGCGGCAUGGGCGAGCGCGGCGAGCAAGACCUGGACAAUGCGCAAGCCAAUGCGGGCGGCCAGCGCGUGCGCAAGGAUGAGCUGACGUCGUAUGAGACGGAGCGAGACGAGAAGGCCAGCAACAAGGACAAGAAGAAGAACAAGGAGUCCAAGGGCAACGAGACAGACGCCACCGAAAAGGCGGUCGAUAAGGCCACUGACAAGUCCGACUCGACGGUGGACAAAGCGUCUACCGAGAAGGAAGCCGCCAUGGACAGCAAGCCCGGCGAGACGACUACCGCCCAGUCGGACGAGAAGACGGCGGAGGAUACGCCCGCCGGCGGUGACACUGCCAAGCCGUCUACGGACGGCGAGAAGCAAAAUGAGGCUACACCUGCUCCCGCUGUCGAAGAAGGCUUUGGCCUUGCCCAGUACAACACCAUUGUGCAAAAAGACGACGAGGAGUUCAAGGAGGCUUCGGCUCCAGUCAGUCAGCACUAA